UUUCCCAUCAGCCCGCGCGGCGAGCGGAAGUCAUGCAGCACAACGCCAAACGCCUCUGCAGUAAACAUCUAAGUCUAAAAUGGCAGGAGCAGAGGGAGACGAUUCGCUUUAUCCCAUUGCGGUUUUAAUCGAUGAAUUGAGAAAUGAAGACGUUCAGUUGCGGUUGAACAGUAUUAAGAAGUUGUCCACUAUUGCUCUGGCACUGGGUGUGGAAAGAACACAAACUGAACUACUGCCAUUCCUUACUGACACCAUAUAUGAUGAGGAUGAAGUUCUCCUUGCCUUGGCUGAGCAGCUCGGGGGCUUCACUGUACUGGUUGGAGGCCCAGAGUUUGUGAACUGUCUCUUGCCUCCACUGGAGAGUUUGGCCACAGUGGAGGAAACGGUUGUGCGGGACAAGGCCGUGGAGUCUCUGCGAAAGAUCUCUCAGGAACAUUCCCCCGUAGACCUAGAGGUGCAUUUUGUACCACUUGUAAAGCGUUUGGCCAGCGGGGACUGGUUCACCUCCCGAACGUCUGCGUGCGGACUGUUCAGCGUCUGCUACCCACGUGUGUCCAGUACGGUUAAAGCGGAAAUCCGUCAGCACUUCCGCACACUUUGCUCGGAUGACACUCCCAUGGUGCGUCGAGCUGCCGCCUCUAAGCUGGGCGAGUUUGCAAAGGUUCUGGAGCUGGACUAUGCUAAGAGUGACAUCAUUCCUCUCUUUACAGCACUAGCAUCUGAUGAGCAGGACUCUGUGCGUCUCUUGGCGGUAGAAGCUGGCGUCAGCAUUGCUACUCUGCUGCCACAGGAAGACUUGGAGGCUCUGGUCAUGCCCACUUUACUUCAGGCCGCCGAGGACAAGUCCUGGAGGGUGCGCUACAUGGUGGCAGACAGUACAGAGUUGCAAAAAGCAGUUGGCCCAGAGAUCACCAAGACCGAUCUGGUCCCGGCGUUCCAGAACUUGUUGAAAGACUGUGAGGCAGAGGUCCGGACUGCUGCUGCCAACAAGGUGAAAGUAUUCUGUGAAAAUUUGCCUGAAGACAGCAGGGAGACCAUCAUCAUGACUCAUAUUCUGCCAUGCGUCAAGGAGCUGGUGUCUGACACAAACCAGCAUGUGAAGUCUGCCUUGGCUUCUGUCAUCAUGGGUCUCUCUACCAUCUUGGGCAAGGACAACACCGUAGAACAUCUGUUGCCUCUUUUCCUGGUCCAGCUGAAGGACGAGUGUCCCGAGGUGCGUCUAAACAUCAUCUCUAAUCUGGACUGUGUGAAUGAGGUGAUCGGGAUUCGGCAGCUCUCUCAGUCUUUGCUGCCAGCUAUAGUAGAGCUGGCUGAGGAUGCCAAGUGGAGGGUUCGACUGGCCAUCAUUGAGUACAUGCCUUUGCUGGCUGGCCAACUGGGAGUGGAGUUCUUCGAUGAGAAGUUGAAUUCCCUGUGCAUGGCAUGGCUCAUUGAUCACGUGUUUGCCAUCCGAGAGGCUGCCACCUGCAACCUCAUGAAGCUGGUGGAGAAGUUUGGAGCAGAAUGGGCCCAGAACACCAUUGUGCCCAAAGUCCUUGGCAUGGCCAAUGAUUCCAACUACCUGCACAGGAUGACCACUCUCUUCUGCAUCAAUGCUCUGUCUGAAGUAUGUGGACAGGAAAUCACCACCAAGCACAUGUUGCCUGUAGUCCUCAAGAUGUCCACUGAUCAGGUGGCCAAUGUGCGCUUCAAUGUGGCCAGGUGCUUACAGAAGAUCGGACCAGUUUUGGACAGCAGUGCUUUGCAGGCAGAGGUUAAACCAGUCCUAGAGAAACUAGCUACAGACCAAGAUAUGGAUGUGAAGUACUUUGCUCUAGAGGCUAUAAGUGUUCUUGCCUUGGCUUGACUGACUUCCUCACCACAUCCAGUGAAAAGCUGACAACACAAGACCUGUUGCAUUAUAUUUAUUGUUCAUUUUGAAUGAUUAAGUAUCGUCGUUGUGUUCUUGUUUACUCUCAAAGAUGUUGAAUGAUCAAAGGAUGGACUUUCUAUCAAGUUUUACCUCAAACAUUGUUAGCGCAGCUAAGCUCUGUAUGCUUGUACAAUUACGCAUAGCUCUUCGCAAACAUCACCCCAUGAGCCAUUCCAGUGCGAUCGUAUCGGAAUCGGUACAUGCCUGCUUCAGCAUGCCAUUUGCUUUUCUUAGACCGGAGCUCAUCCUGCCAGUAGCAGAUGGUGCGAAAUGCCUGUUUAUUUGCUUUAGUAGAUUUGCUAGCGCACAGCACAUUGUUUACAUGUGUUCCCUCUCUAGAGAGGGAAAAAAAAUCUCAUGUGCUCACACGGUUUAACCGCCGAGUCCUCCGUGUGCACAGGGCAGAUUGUGUUCUGAGCACAUGGUUGGAUUGCGGUCUCUCUAGAAAUUUGCUUUAUGCAAUGAAGUCACACCUUUAUCAUGAGCUUUUUCCAUCUAGGGACCAUAUAAUUGAAUCAGUUGUGCUGUAACACGGGAUGCACGUAUGAAUCAACAUCAAUUCACGCCGUUUUGCCUGCAUUUUUGCGCUCAUGUUGGUCAUGAAUAGCCCCUUUUAUAAACUUGUAGAUUUUCUUGAACCUUUGUGCCAAUGAACUAUCUACUUAUAGUAUGAUUUAUCAUUUUGUACGUUUUUCAAUAUACAUUGUUCUCUCUAAGUGGAAGGCAUGUUUAAAAUGUGGUCGUGUCAUAAAAUCAUUCGGCUGGUUGGAGGAAUAUUGUCUUUUGUGGGACGUAAUUCAGCAAUAUUCAUUGUUACAAACAACUUGCACCUACUGCAUUCUGUGGAAACCCUUUGUUCAAGCUCAAUAUCAUGAGAACUUGUAGUUUUGUUUUGUUUUUUAACUCAUUUGGGAAAUUGGUGUACUUUUAGGACUAAAAGUCAGUUGA